CGUUGGUGCUUUUCGCCGUUGCCAUGCUUGGUGCCAUGCUUUUCUGGAGAUUUCUAUUGAUUUGGCCUGUUGCGAGUUUUGAUCUCAGUGGAAUCCUAGGGCAACAUGCGGUAGAUGAGCUCACGGACAAGAGCUUUGCUCAACACAUGAAGGACAAUCCGGUGACAGCGAUUUUGUUCUAUGCGCCCUGGUGUUUCUACUCGCAACAGGUGAUGCCCGCAUGGGACUUAGCAGCUCAGAAGCUGCAGAUUCACGAGCCGCCCAUCAAGAUGGCGAAGAUCGAUGCAAGUCGAUAUGGGUCAGUGGGCGAGUCAAAUGAGGUCCGUGCAUAUCCCACGAUGAAGCUGUUUGUGGAUGGCACCGUCUUUGAAUACGACGUUCAGGGGCGACAGUGGCAACAUAUCGUGAAGUGGGUCAACAAACACCUGGAGAGAGACCAUGUGUUGAAGUCCGUGGAGGACGCUGAGACCUACUUGCACGACAACGACCUGGCUGUCGUGGGUCUCUUUCCGGAAGGUUUUAACUCUGGCGCCUUUGGGAAGGCUUCGACACACUACGAUGACAUUUUGUUCGCUGAGGCCCGAGGCGAAGGCAUCGCCAAAGAGAUCGGGGAUCAUCUCAGCAGGCAUGCGCGGCUGCUCUGUGAAACAAUCACGGUGGGCACUAGCAACUCCAACACUAAGGAGGUGGAGCUGCCCAGGGCCGAUUUGCGCUGCGAAGACAGUCCCAGAAAUCCCCAACGACCCGAGUGGACGGACAAGUUCUCUGUGGCCGUACAAGGCCAAAGCAUGACGGUGAAACGAACUGACAAGUCCACGGGCUGGGCUCAGCUGGUACAGAUCAAAUGCUGCGACGAUGAGAAGAAGGUGGAAAAGGAGCACCCAACUUUUCCGAUUCCUUCCGUGGUGAUGUUCUUCCCCUAUGACGAGCGCUACGCUGUCUUCGAUGGGGAUCUCCAAAGUUUCCAUGUCUUGGACAAGUGGAUCAAUGGAAGGAAGACGCCAAGCAUCAUGCGGAUGGACCAAGACGCCAUGGAGAAGAUCUUCCAGCCGCAAGCCGACAGUGUGCCGGCUUUGGUACUGAUCACCGAGAACUCAGAUACUGAGGAGGAGAAAGUCUUCAGGGAGGCGGCCAAAAAGCUUCGCGGUCGAGUACACGCCUGCAUUUCUGGCACGUCUAGCUUGGUGGAGCAGCGCUUGGUCCAAGCCGCUGGGGAAAUGGUGCCUCCAACCCUCACACUGAUUGAGGUGCCAAGUUACGAAGUGACGGAGGGGCACUACCACAUCCCCAAGAAGUAUCGUCUUCCACUGAAAGGAGUGACUGCCGAGAAGAUGGUGAACUUUGUGUCCGACUACGAGAAUAAGAGGCUGAAACCCUGGAUGAAGAGUGAACCGGAACCAUCUCCAGAGGACCUGAAAAUUGGCGCCGUAGUGUCCUUGGUCGGAACAACUUUCACUGCGGCCAUUGAAAGCGAGGAUGAGGAUGUUCUGGUGGAUUUCUUUGCUCCUUGGUGCGGCCAUUGUCGAAAAUUUGAGCCACAGUACAAGCAGCUCGCAAAGCGAUUGAAACACGUGAAGUCCUUGAAGAUUGCCAAGAUCGAUGCCACCAGAAACGAGGUGGAGGGGAUUCAGAUCACUGGCUUUCCCACGGUGAUCCUCUUUCCUGCUGGCAAGUCGCCGAAGAGACGCGUCUAUUACCACGGCAGCCGUGAGCCGGACGACAUGAUUUCCUGGCUCCACGAUGAGUGCAGCAGCAAGUUCGAUGACAGACCGCCGCAAGUGCCGGAGGGCCAGGGCGCUGAAAGUGGGCUGCUGGACCCCGACGAAGAGGAUCUCUAAAGGUGCGGCGUUGCAG